AGAGAUAUUACCAAAUCCCAGACUCCACAGCUCCUCUCCUCAGACUCAGCCCUCAGAUUAAAGGUUGGAUGGCGCUCAAUAAUUAUUGUGAUAGUGCUACAAGCGAUGACCUGUCAGCCCCUUUGCUCCAUCAACGGGAAACUUAUGAUAAUGGAAAGAAGAAACAAGGUCCACAAGAUCAUGUUUUGAACAUAGAUUAUUCAAGUGGUCAAACUCACAACGGUCGAAAUGAUAAUGAAAAGGAGAAGAAGGGUCCACAAGAUCGCGUUUUGAAAGUAUGUUAUUCAAGUAAUCAAACUCACAACGAACUAAGUGAUAGUGGAAAGGAAAGUCAAGGUUCAGAAGAUCACGUUUUGAACGUAGGUUAUUUAAGUGAUCAAACUCACAACCGACGAAGUGAUAUUGGAAAGGAGCAGACAGUGGCAACAUGCAAAUCAAGUCGUGGGGACUAUCUCAAACCAACAUUGGUAUCCAUUGGCCCCAAGUACGUAUUCAGUGAAAAGCAUUUCAAAGGGGUUGCACGGUUCAAGAACCAAGAGUACAAGGACAAGUAUUUCAAGUCUUUUCUCCAAAGAGGAGGGGAGACAAGAACAAAACACGACGAGUACCGGGAACACCUCAAGGACCCAAAGUUAAAUUUGGUGCAAAAAGCCCGAAAAUAUUACGAGGAAAUUGGAAUCAACUGCCCUAAUUCCGACCAAGACUUGGCCAACAUCUUGGUUAAUGAUGGCGGCUUUGUCGUGGAGUUUGUCCUGAGAUGCAAGAAAGGCGGCCGAGAUGACCCGCGCAUAAAAGAAAAAGGGAAAGAAGCACGCAAAGACAUGCUUUGUUUCGAGAAUCAACUCCCUUUCGAAGUCCUAACCGCCCUCUACCAAAAAAUGAUUAGCUAUACUAACGAGGCAGAAACAGACCCCCCGAGUUUCAUAAGACUAGUGAAGUUCGCAUUUGCGUCCUUCGCACCAAACAUUACCCUUUCCAAUUUUUUCGACGAUAACAAACCCGAAAACCCUCUUGAUAUACUCCAUGUUCUCCACAGCCUUUGCCUCCCUCCAAUCAACAAUAAUCCCCACCAAAACCAAACAAUGGAGUGGCCAACAGUAGUCCACAUUAACAGCGCCACGGAGCUUCGAGACGUCGGAGUUAGCUUCAAUAACACCGGCGAAGUCUACACUAUGCCAAGGCAAUACCACACAAUUUCAUCCUUAAAAGAGUGCAAGGAUACAACUAGCCUCUUCGACAUAACCUUUUCGGGCGGGGUGAUGAAGAUCCCUUCUUUCAAAGUGGAUGAUUUCACUGAAAUAUUCUUCGGGAAUAUGAUCGCCUUGGAGCAACGCCGCACUCUAAAGCCCAAAUACUACACAGAUUACGCCAGGUUAAUGGACCAUUUGGUGGACACUCAUAUGGACGUCAGUUUGCUCCGCAAGAAUGGGACGAUUCACAACCUUUUAGGCGAAGAUAUUAAGGUGGCCGAUGUUUUCAACAGUGUGUGUGUUAAGGUAGAUAUUACCACCAACUUCUAUUUCGCGCCGCUCUACACAGCUGUGAAUCGGCAUUGUCGCAACACGCGCCUUGUGUGGAAGGCGAGACUAAAAACUGAUUAUUUCUCCGAUCCCUGGAAAGGGAUUUCCUCUAUUGCUGGGGCUAUUGUCUUGCUACUUGGUGCCUCCCUCACUCUCAAAAGUCUACUUUCUUAGA